GGGUUUGUAGGGGGAAGAAAUUUGGCGUGACAGCUUGUUCAUGCGUCAUGCUGUCCGCCAUUUUGCGGCAGUCAUUCGUCAAGAUAUCAGCAAGCAUGCCUUAUCACUGCCCUGCUUAUUGUUGUAAAAAUCGACAAACUGCCGAAAACAAAUUGCGUGGGAUUACCUUUCACAGGUUUCCCACUGAUAUCAAAUCGAGGAAGCGGUGGGAAUUAGCCCUGCGAAGAGAGGCGUUCAUGGCCAGUUCGUCAACCAGACUCUGUAGUCAGCACUUCAGAAAGGAGGACUUCGACAGGACGGGUCAAACUGUUCGAAUUAGGGAUGGAGUUGUUCCAUCUGUCUUCAACUUUCCAACACAUCUACAAAGACCAGUAGCAACCAGGACAAGCUUGACAUCAAAAAAGGCAAACACAGCAACACCUCCAAGCCCGUCAGCUUAUUGUUCUCCUCCUGUGGCAGUGGCAGAACCUCAGAAUGACCUCAGUCUUGACCACUCUUAUGCACUGCCCACAUGUCCUGCUGCUAUGAAAGCCAGACUCGGCAAAGCUUUGGCCAAGGUAGAAAGUCUGGAAAGAGAGAAAAGAAAUGCUAAAGAUCGAGAACGGAGGGCAAAGAGCGCACUUUGUGGUCUUCUGGAGGAUCUGAGAGGGAACAACCUAAUAGAUAAAGAGCUCAAAAAGAAAGCUCGACUCAUACUCAGUUCACCUCCUGCCAAAACAGGACCAAGAAUUCACCAAGAAGGAGACAGAGUUUGCCCUCCCUCCACCGACACGGCCUUAAAGCCUACUGUUACUCGCGAGAGUCUCUGCACUUAAAUCUCCCGCAUCAACAUACACUGCAAAGGUACUUGUCAUUGGGUGCAUAAUCAACAUAAUACUGUAGCAGCUUCAAAAUAUGUGAUUCAUCGCUUCGGCCAGGAUCGAUUCAACUUUAUCAGGGCAACUGGGGCCUGGAAUAACAACUCAUCGGCAGGCCAAUACCGCCUCCCCAUGGUCCUCUGUGGUGUCUCCUAACGUGGCGGCAGUGGAUGGCACUGUCCCGGUCUGCUGUUACGUUUUCUUCAGCUCCAGCCGGUUCACCAGCUUCCAAAAGAACCGGAAGACCUCUACCUCAAAGGUUAAACCGUCAGUCAGAACGAGGGCAAAACCUGUGUCCUCUCAACCGGUUUGUCCGUGCAGACAGGACAGAUGUCAUCACAUUGCAAAAAUGAUAUUGUAACACUAAAAUGACAAAAAAAAUUUAUUCAAGGUAAAGGCUGUGUAAUUGGUCCUUUUCCAAGGUUUGAUUGUAUUUAUUUAUUUGUAAGAUAUAAUUACAUAAUCUGUUUGAUGGGCAGCUGUUAUACAUCUGUAAAUAUUAAAUUGUGUAUUUUAUUUUUGUUGGGGAAAAAAAAUAAAAAAAUGUAUUCCUUGUGCGCUGAUGUACUUGUUCAUUGUAUCAAAUGUAACUUAUUUAAGAAGUUUUUCUACAUUUUUGUAAUGACUUACAAAUAACUAAAGGAGACCGUAUGCCA